GCCCGACCCCAUUAGACAGAAGCACCAUCAACAGCAUGGCAGCGACGAUGGGAGUCCCGCGGGCUGUUCGGCGGGUUUUGAGAGGAAGGACUUGCGAUGUUCUAGUUUCGUUCCUUGGUCCUCGGAGAUUUUUAAGCACCAUGUUCAAGGCUUCAGAUCUCCAGAUUGAAUUGACCAAGCACCCAAAUGCCAAACCAGACCCCGGGAAGCUGGUCUUUGGCAAAAACUUCACUGACCACAUGCUUACUGUGGAAUGGAGCAACAAAAAGGGUUGGGGGAAACCCCACAUCAAACCCUUUCAGAACAUCUCUGUACACCCGGCCACUUCUGCCUUCCACUAUUCCGUUCAGCUCUUCGAAGGGAUGAAGGCUUUCCGAGGCCCAGAUAAGCGCAUCCGCCUCUUUCGUCCCAUGCUGAACAUGGACCGCAUGUUUCGUUCCGCUCUCCGCAUUUGCCUGCCUGCCUUCGACAAGUCUGAGUUACUUGAAUGCAUCCAGGAGCUAAUCCGCGUGGACCAGGACUGGGUCCCCCACUCUGACAAUGCCAGCCUCUACAUCCGGCCCACUUUCAUCGGCAUGGAGCCUUCUUUGGGGGUCUCCAAGUCCAACCACGCAUUGCUGUUUGUGAUCCUGGGUCCCGUCGGCUCCUAUUUUGCCACCGGCAGUUUCAGCCCUGUUUCUCUCCUGGCCGAUCCUCGCUUUGUCCGUGCCUGGAUAGGUGGCGUUGGAGACUACAAGCUGGGCGGCAACUAUGCCCCCACCAUUUACGUCCAGGACGAGGCUGCCAAGGAGGGUUGCCAGCAAGUCCUUUGGCUGUACGACGAUGAUCACCAGAUCACCGAAGUCGGGACCAUGAACAUCUUCCUGUUCUGGAAGAACCAGCAGGGAGAUCUGGAGCUGGUCACUCCUCCGCUGAACGGAAUCAUCUUGCCUGGUGUGAUCCGGCGAAGCCUGCUAGAUCUGGCGCGCCAAUGGGUGAGCGUUGAACAGGAUAGGAAGCUUGGGGUAGCGCUGAAGCAGAUCUGGGAGCAGGGGGAAUUCAAAGUUUCCGAGAGGACGAUCACGAUGGCUGAGCUGAUCAAAGGCCUGGAAGAGAACAGGGUCAAGGAGGUGUUUGGCUCCGGCACGGCGUGCGUCGUUUGCCCCGUGAGCAAAAUCCUCUACCAGGGCAAGAAUUACCAUAUCCCCACUAUGGAAAAUGGCCCUGAGAUCGCGAAAAGGUUUCUGAAAGAGCUGACAGAUAUUCAGUACGGACGUGUGGCCAGCGACUGGGUCCAGCCGGUCUGACGUUGGCCAAGCGGCAGCCCCGCUAGACGCUCUGGCCUCUCCCUUGCCACAGCUGUAUUUAUGACACGGUUCUAUGGCUUUGGCACGUCUGCCUUUCACUCCGUCAGAGUUUGGACUGGCUGUCUGCUUUUGAGGAGCCACGAUCUGCCUGUUAUGGACGCAGGCUGCUUGCGGCUGCGAAACACUCCGUGUUGGGAAGAUCCGGGGCUCAGGAAAACUCCCGAGUCAGCCUCUGGGUGAUGGAAAGGGACAUAAAUGGUCUUCUCUUCUUCUCUCUCAGCUCCAAAAUUUAGCUGCUUCCUGCUUUUAAAGUGCAAUAUUGAGAGAGAGAAAAGGGAGAGAGAGAAACUGGUGUCUCUUCAAAAUUGUUUAAAAUCCACGUACGCAUAUUUUUUUUAAGUAGUUGCUCAAAUUCAUGCAGAAAGGCACUUAAAAAACACACAACGGAAUCUAAACAAAAUCAGUCAUUGGUAUCCUAACAGUUGGUGCUAAAAUUUAACUUUGGCUUCUUGUGUCCUAAACUGCAAAUUUUCUGCAAUUUCAAAUUACUGUUUUAAAUGUCUGCCGCCUCGCCUUAUGUUUCAAGUCUGUAUUGGACCUGGUUUUAUUUAGUUAAUGAUUCUCCAUCUGCAUUAGAACUGGCUUUGAAUUCAAGCUUUUUGGAAGCUGGAGAUGGCAUUUUUUUUUCAUGGAAAAUUCUUUCAAAUUAAAACCAUAUCUCGGAGAACCCCCUCGCUACCAAUUUCUAAGUUCCCUGCGUGGUGUAGUGAGCAACUUUUUUAAAAGCACUUCAUUUUGGGAGAAUUCCACAUAGUUGCUGGUGUCUUCACAGAAACCUUUGAAGAUGACGAUUUAGCCAGUCAUUUGAAUGUAGCUUCUCUAUGUGGCCUGGUGUUAGGAAAAAGUAGCUAGCUCAGUCUUCUCCAGCCUGGUGUCUUCUAAAUGUAUUGGACUGCAACUCUCAUAAUUCCCACCCAGCAUGUCCAUUUGGAGUACAACUUCCAUCAGCCCCAGCCAUUGGCCAUGCUGGGGGUUGUGGGAGUUGUAGUCCAACACAUCUGGAGGACUCCAGGUUGGGGAUGACUGAGGUAGGGUACUACCAUAGUGGAAAUUUGCACAUCACCUAGUACAAUACUUUGGGAAGACCCUGCAGAACUGCACGUCUAUCGUAUGAUGGUUCACCCCACCCAACCUGCUCCAACCUGAUUUCCAUGCUCGCUGGGGCUGAUGGAAGUUGUAGUCCAAAACAUGUAGAGGGCACCAGGUUUGGGGAAGGCUGGAAUGGAGGGGUGCUGUGGUCUGCUAGAAAACAGCUGGAUUAUCCCCAUGGUUGUGAUUCACGUAU